GUUUAAUACCAAGCCUGUUAUAACAAACAAUGGACGACUUAGCAAACUUUAGAUAACAGUUCACCCAAAACAGAGCCUUGAAGUACACCACAAUUCAUCAUGACAGGGGGUGGAGACAAAGUGUCUCAACUGUAUGAUCAGUUCUGUAAUGUCCAAACAUGUAAAGGGGUGCUCACAACAUUCCAUAAACUAUGUGAUGCAUUGGAUAUUAAAUAUACAGACCACAGAGGAUUUUACUUUCGGCUGAGGGCCAAGCUCAGAACAUGGAAGGCCCAAUCACUGUGGGCCAAGUUGGACAAGAGGGCAAUGAUGAAGGAGUAUAAGAAGGGGACUGCUUGCCUAGAUUCAAGGGUGCUAAUCAUUGGUGCUGGACCAUGUGGACUACGUAUGGCCAUAGAGUGUGCUCUCCUGGGGGCCAAGACUGUUGUCAUAGAGAAACGAGACAGAUUUACACGCAACAAUGUGCUCCAUCUUUGGCCUUUUCUCAUUACCGAUCUCAAAGCUUUGGGGGCAAAGAAAUUCUAUGGGAAAUUCUGUGCGGGACAAAUAGACCAUAUAAGUAUUAGACAACUACAGUGCAUGCUGCUGAAGAUUGCCUGUCUGGUUGGAGUAGAAGUACAUACAAAUACAGGCUUCAAUGAUAUCAUAGAGCCACAAGAGAAUCAAAAAACUGGCUUCAGAGCUGAUGUAUCUCCAGCAGACAGUCCAGUUUCUGAGUUUGAAUUUGAUGUCCUGAUUGGUGCAGAUGGCAAAAGGAACACACUUACAGGGUUCAAGAGAAAGGAAUUUCGUGGUAAGCUGGCUAUUGCAAUCACUGCCAACUUCACGAAUCGUUACACAUUACAGGAGCAACAGGUAGAGGAGAUAAGUGGUGUCUCGUACAUCUUCAAUCAGAAGUUCUUCAAGGACCUCUAUGCUAACACUGGUAUUGAUUUGGAGAAUAUUGUUUACUAUAAGGAUGACACUCAUUACUUUGUCAUGACAGCCAAGAAGCAAAGUCUAUUAGAGAAAGGUGUAUUAAUUCAGGAUCAUGCAGAUGCUGUUCAACUGUUAGACCCUGCCAAUGUAAGACACGAUGCCCUCCUGGCCUAUGCAAAAGAAGCUGCAAAUGUGUCUACCAACUACCAGUUACCAGAUGUGGAGUUUGCACACAAUCAUUAUGGCCAAGCCGAUGUUGCUAUGUUUGAUUUUACAUCCAUGUUCGCAGCUGAAAAUGCAUCCCGUGUCAUUGAUCGUCAUGGUCACAAACUUCUUGUUGGGCUCGUAGGGGACAGUUUGCUUGAGCCUUUCUGGCCAAUAGGCUCUGGUUGUGCCAGGGGUUUCCUUGGAGUGUUUGAUGCUGCCUUUAUGAUCAAACAAUGGUCAGCUGGGAAGAUGAACCCUUUACAGGUGCUUACUGAAAGAGAGAGCAUUUAUCAACUUCUAUCUCAGACCACACCUGAAAACCUCAACAAAAACUUCAAUGCUUAUUCCAUAGACCCCAAUACAAGGUACCCUAAUUUGAAUUGCCAGAAAUUCCGUCCGAGUCAGAUGAAGCAUCUUUAUGAUGGUGACUGUAGCAAGUACAUUAAGGACAUAGCCGAACCAUUGCCAAAGAAAAAGUCAAGAGAUUUUGUGGACAGCUAUACAUUAUUACGCUGGGUGCAAAAGCAUAUAGAAAGAUACAAGCGAAGGGUGAAGGUCACAGAUCUGACGUCAUCAUUCAAGAAUGGCAUGGCUUUCUGUUGUCUUAUACACUCCUUCAGACCUGAGCUAAUUGUUAUGAAUGACCUUCAAGAGGAUGACUGCCUAAAGAAUAAUGAAUUGGCAUUUGAUCUUCUUGAGCGAGAGUUUGGUAUUUCUCCUGUGAUGACCGCGGCAGAUUGGGUGGCUCAUGACACACCAGAUAAAUGGACAGUUGUUUCAUAUCUUCUGCAAAUAUAUGACAUUCUCAAAUAUGAGCGUCCCGCAAAAGUUGCUCGCAGUCCUACUACAUUGUCACCAGAUGAGGGAGAUAUCAGUCGGGCAAGGUCACCAAGGUCAACAAAGCAACGACUCUCAAUCCUCAACAAGAUCAGUAACAGAUUAUCCAAAACUAAAAAAGAGAGAGAAAGAGAGCGAAGAGUUACUAGACUUGAAACACCAAAAUCUCCCACAUCGUCCUACAAUGAAAAAGAAAAUCGCCAAGUUGGCCGUCUACAGGACUCUAACAUCAUUGGUCUAAAUCAGAAACAAUCAUUUUAUACGACUCCAAAACGUCAUAUAGAAGAUGAGGCACCAUUCUCUGAUAUAUCCUCAGCCCGUCAGAAAAUUAUGGAUGCAUAUAGCUACAAACGCCCUGAAUUGAAGCCACCUCCACCAAUGAUUGAUACAGGGGCAGAGAAAACUGGCAUUAUGGAAACCCAGCAAAGGUUACAAGAAAGUGCAAAGAAGAAAGGGGUGAAGACCCAUGACCCUACACUGGUGCUAACUGAUGCUAAUGAAGCCAAGCGCCUAUUCCAUGUGGCUGCAACUACAGAGAAAGUCAUCAAGAAGAAAGAAGAAGAGACUCCUCUGUCUUUUGGUUCUGGAUUAGCUAAGAAGAGAAUUGAAGAAAAUGAGGAUGGAGUUGAGCUUACAAAAUUCUCCAGAUUUGACAGUGUCGACAGUAAGUUACAAAGUGCGUCAAAGAUUCUCGAGAAAGGGAAUGCCGGGAACCUUGAUGCAGGAACUAGGGGGAAUAAUCGCGUCACAAAUCUUGCCCAACAGUUGGUGUCUAAACUACAUGAGAAGAAAGAGGAGCCAGCCUAUAAGAAACUAGACAGGAAUUUCACAGGCCAUCUAUUGAAGAAUGUGAUGGUUGUUGGGCCCAGCAGUGAGUUCUGCUAUUUCUGCAAGAAGAGAGUCUACUUGGCAGAGAGACAAACUUCUGAGGGCUACUUCUUCCACAGAGGCUGCCUCAAGUGUGACUUCUGUAGCACUGCAUUAAGGAUUGGCAGCUAUGCCUUUGACAGAUCUGAAGAUGGCGAUGGCAAGUUCUACUGUAUACAGCACAAGGGGAUGGUGAAACGUGUGAGGCGUAAACGUAGCAGAGAGUACAAUGAGCCCCUACCUCCAGUGCCAUCUAUUCCACCACCCAAGACCCCAACUAACCAACCCAUUCCUGGGCAGUACACAGUUGGUGGUCUUACUGUUCCCUCAUUGGACAACAUCAAGACCGCCACGCCUGAGAGGGCGGAGUUUGAGAUGAGUUUUGACGGCACCCUUGAUGACAAUGAAGAGUCCGAGUAUGAGUGCAGUCUGAGGGCUUCUAUGAGCAUGGACACAAUAGAACUGGACUACAGUGAUGAAGAUUCAAGCGAUGAUGAGGCAUUUGACGAGGAUGACAAUCGCUCUGUAAUGACGUGGGAUGAGGCUGUUGAUCUUGCCGAUACAUUAUCACGACGUCAUGGCUCCCGCAACAUGCUGGACUUUGAAGAUGAGAAUGAGGGUGAGACUGCCACAGAGACGGAAGAGUCAGAGUAUGAGACUGACAGCGAUGAAGAAACUGAGACAGAAACCGACCCAGCAGUAGUUGUAAAAAUGCGGGAAAAGAAACCAAAGCCAAAGAAGGAUAAAUCGGAUAAUUUGAUUGGUACAUUCCCACAGGACAAGACACCCAGCCCCGUCAGGCUGUCGCAACAGUUUGCUAAGGAGAGCUUCUAUGCUGCUAUGUCGGAACCUGUUAGGAUUGACCCAUGGAGUUUAUUUGGACCCAGCAAGCCUAAAGAGGCACCAAAGGUUGUUGUUACUGAGGCUGCAGACAAUGUUGACAAAGUUGAUGAUGACAAGACACCUGAAGCAGAGACUCAACCAACUCCUAUGGAGGAUGAUAAGGUGACUGACAAAGAUGUGAAAGAAAUCAAUGAGCUGAUUGACAACAUGGAAAAUAUGGAGGAAGAAGGAGAAGAGUCUUCAAGUGAUGAAUAUGAAAGCAACACAGUCAGUGAGUCCACUACAGAGGCCUCUAGUCGUGCCUCCACAAUGCCAUCCAGUCAGGCCUCUACACUAGACCGCAAGGCAAGACACGCAGAUACGAUCGGAACUUUAGAUAGACUCGUUCAUGAUGCUGAAAUACAACUUAGGGAAGUUGAACGUGCAAACAAGAUGGCUACGCUAGACAGGAUGGCACUUGCUGCAGAGCAACAACUUGAUGAGCCAGUUAGACACAGUACCCCUCUACGUGAUGCUCACCAGCCUGUGAAGGAACACCUUGAUGAUGGUCUUGAGCAACUAUCUGGUGGUGAACCUAUGGAUAAGUUCGCAACACUGGAUAGAAUGGCACUUGCAGCUGAAAAGGAAGCUGGGGAUGGUGACAAUAUUGACAAAUAUGCCACUCUUGAUAAAAUGGUGCUCGCUGCUGAUGACAGCCUCAGUAAAAUGGUACAAUCAGAAGCAGAAGAUAUUACAGUCAAAACCCAAGAACAAACAUCUGAACCUGAGGUUGAAGUUGCAGAGGCAAUACAAAUUGAUAAUGACCAUGACAUAGACCAACUGAAGGUUGUCGACACUGAUAGCAAUGGUGUUAACCCUGAUGUUUUACAUAGUACACCUAACAAGGACAAGUAUGCAACUUUGGAUAGAAUGGUAAAAGCUGCAGAAGAUGACUUUCAAAAUGAUCCAUUCCAUAUACCAGAAUUGUCAGAGGAUGAUCGUCGAUGUACAAUAGACCGCAUGGCAAUUGCUGCCCAGAGGGAUCUCGGAAAUGAAACCAUCCGAAUGUCUCCAUUUGCAGAAGAAGAAGAUCUGUCGUCACAAUCCGAGGGCUCCUUAUGCUCAUUGGUGGAACAAUAUGAACAAUAUAUGGAAGAUCGCGCACAAUCAGUCGCAUCUGAAAAGUCUGAAAAAUCCACAAAUAAUGAAAAGCCAAGUAAGGAAUCAACCAGUAAGGAGUCAUCAGUGGAGAGUGAUAGGAAAUUGAUUGUUCCAUCUAAGGAGUCUUUAGAAGAUCUAGAUCAAAAUAAUGACAAGGUGAUCGAGCCAUUAGAGCCACGAAUACAAAUUGACAGCGUCUCAUCAACAGAUGAAGUCCAAUCUCCAGUAUUAGCAAAAGCGAACAUUCUAGGUCUUCUUGACCAGUUACAAGAGUCACGUAUUGACCCAAGUAGUGGGGAGUCAUCUAAAGAAUCAUCUUUAUCUAGAGAUUACCAACCACCAAAAUCAUCUAAGGAGUCUUCAUUAGAGCCAAUCAGAGAUUCCCGAGAAUCAACUCCCAGACGAAUCAUUCGACCACCCUCAACUGAUUCAGUUGGAUUGGCAAGUUCUGCAACUGACACAGACAAUGAAUUGUUGAACACUGCCAGCUCAUAUAUUGAGACAGAUGAUGGGAUUAUUAUUGAGAAGUCAAUGGUUCCUAGUGUAUAUCCAAACCAUGCAAAACCUGAUGAUAAAGAGACAAUCAAAUCUGAAUCUGAUGAAGCUACACAUGAACAAAAUAAAGAUAUUAUGAAUAAUUAUGAUAAUGUGGUGCUAUAUGAUGACAAACCAGCUGAUAUUACUUCAAAAGAAGAUGUCAUAUGUAAACGGAAUAUUAUCUAUACAGACUUAGAAGAAACUAAGGCCUUAACAAAGAGCUUUGGAAAAACAAGGGAGAAAAGAAUUCAUAAGGGAAGAGAUAAUCUCAAAACUGGCGCCGAUUCUGAUUUUACAAUUUCCACCCCAUCAGGGUCGGCAUCAUCUCAGAGUUCUUUGGAUAUAGAUAUACAGAGCUUGAAUAGCACUCAAGAUGUAAAAUCCUUAGAUACAAUGGUUGAGGAUAAUAUGAUGGUUGACAAUGGUUACAUGGAUGACACAAUGGCAAUGUUGGCUGCAAAUGACAGUGUAUUUGAUAUUAAAGUGACACCAACUAAAAGUGCAGACAAUACACUCACAAAUGAAACUGAUGAUAGCAUUUAUGUUACACCUGAGGUAACACCAAAGAAAGAGGAACAAAAUGAGCAGAAAGAAUCGGGAACUUUACCUCCUUUAUCAAUGAGUCGGCCAGAGAGUUUAGACUUUGGCAAUGAGUCACCCAAUGUUGGGUCACCACAUGUGGAUGCCAAACGGCGAUUUUUCUGUGAAGCAGCCAAACCAGUGACCAUCAAUCCGCAAACAUUAUUUGGUGAUGAAAUUAAGAAACCAGAUGCUCAUGAUGCUAGAUUUGAUAAAUAUUUCAAAAAGGAGAGAACUAAACUAAGUGUUGAUGAAAAACUGUUCAAUGAGACUGAUUCCAAAACAGACUCCACCCCUGAAGGGUCUUAUAGUGUAGAAAAAAAUAGAAAAAAGAUUCCUGCAGAUCCUCAAUUAGCAAAUGUACAUAGUCCUGAACCAAGUUGCAGUAAUGAUGUAUUUUUCACCCCAAAAACCUCAAUAAAAUCUAAACCACCUAGGGUGCCAUCUGUCGAGGACUCCCCGAUGGAAUUUAAAAAACCUCUUGAUGUUAAUACUAAAAAGCGUUCUUUACCCAGAACUCCAGCAGAGAGCUCACAAGUAGAUGUGUCCAAGAAAAUGCUUAGUAAAGAUGAAAUUAAAAUGCUUCGGGAGAAUGAAAGGGAAAAGUUACGGUCUCAAGCUAGGCUAAGAGCGCGUCUGAAGAGUGAUGAAGAGUUAGGAGUACAACAGACAUUUACACCUCGUAAAGUGCGAUCUUCAAGUAAUGCAAGUAGUCUCUCAAGCACCUCAGAAGAUUUAGUCAAGCGUAUGCGGGAUUUUAACUCUAAUGAAAAAGAUACUCCAACUGUAUCAGGAAAAAGCUCAACAGUCAGUUUAGAAGACAUCCACCUUGAAGAGUCCAAUACAGAUGACUUAAAGCAAGAAAAUAUAGAGGCUCCAAAACCAAGUAAUAUUGCAGUGAAAAGUAUUAAAGAUGAAUUAGCCAGUAGUUCUAAAUCCAGUAUUGACUCUGAAAGCCCCUCAAUGGCUAAGAAAUCUUCAAAUCAAGUAGAGGAGAAAGAACCCACCCCGGGAACUUCAGGCUUAUAUAAGAAAAAGGAAGAAAAAGAUUCUCCUAAAAUAGAAGUUGGCAAAGGGAAUACAUCCACUGAUGAAGUGUCACCAGCAUUAACUAAGAAGUCAAAAGCUAAAGCCAAAAAGGAGAAAAAGAGUAAAAGUCCAAAAGUAAAAGGCAAAAGCCCAAAACAUGACAAAGAAAGCUCAGAAGCAAUCUCACCAUCCACAGAAAAGAAAGAAAAACGGAAAUCUUGGCUCGCGUUCCUCAGUCCUAAGGAUAAGCGUGAUAAAUAUAUAAAAACAUCAUCUUCUGAGGAUAAAGAAAGCAGUCCGGCCCCAGGCACAACAUCCAAUGAAUCAACCCUAGAAAAGAAACAGAAAACACCCAAAGAUAAAUCCAAACCAAAAACACCCAAAUCCAAAGAAAAGAAGAAAAAGAAGUCAAAGCGUACUAAAGAGGAAGAUUACGAUAGUGAGCCUUUAGAGGGAGCCACAGGUCUUAGUGAGAGGGUCAAGGCUGCAAAGUUGAAAGAGAGGCUAGAGAAGGACCCUGUGUUUGAUACAGAAGAGUGUAGAGCACGUGUUGAGAAAGUUGUAGCUCCUAAAGCCAGAGAGGAGGAGAUCUACUCAGAUCCAGAUAGUGAUGUAUAUGACACACUUAGUAGGAGCACUAAGAGUGAUGACAGACUAUCAACUGGGAAAAGGUCCAUGAUGAGUGAGGAUGAACUGACCAAUGAGAAAAUAGCCCGAAAGGCGCAGAGGUCUGCGAUGAAGCAGCAACGCCAAAAGGAGUUGAAGCGCUUGAGGAUGGCCCAGGAGCUCCAGAGACAGUUGGAAGAAGUGGAGGUGAAACAACGGGAGCUGGAGGAGAGGGGUAUCAUUGUGGAGAGGGCACUGCGUGGAGAUGGGCCAGAAUCUGACCGUGAUGAGGCUGAUCUGAUGCAAGAAUGGUUCAGUUUGGUGCAUGAGAAAAACACAAUGUUCCGCUAUGAGUCUGAGCUCAUGUGUCAUGCCAAAGAGCUUGAACUUGAAGAUCGGCAAUCAAGAUUGGAGCAGAAACUCCGGGACCAGAUGCUUGUUGAUGAUGGGGCUGACUGUGGAGAUACAUCUUCUAUAAUGUCACUUGAUGAGCUAAUAGAUAAGAUAAACUCUGAAGAAGAUUCAAAGAAGUCGACAACUCAGAUUGAGGAGGAGAAGCGAGUGUUGGAAGAGCUAAUGGAAGUGGUGGAACAGAGGGAUCAGUUAGUGGCCAUGUUGGAUGAGGACAGACUCAGGGAGCAACAGGAAGACAAUGAUCUGGAGGCUGUCAUGUUGAAGAAAGGAUUCCAACUCUCACCAGUAGUCUACUCCAACACAAAGCCAAGGCUUAUAUAAUA